AUGAGUCAUAUAGAUGGUGAUGAUCAUAUGACCAAAGAUCUUAUAGAUUCUCUAGAAUCUAAAGAUAAUGAUUUAUCACUAGUCACAUCAAAUACACAAAUCCCUGAUGUUGAAGUUGCCAAUUUGACUCAUGAUGCCGAUGAAAUCAAUCAACUUUUUGAUACUGCAACUAACAAUGUGCUUCCAGAGAGUAACAAGAAAGAUAAGCCAAUAGAUACACAAGAUUUACAUGAAGAUGAUCCUAAAGCAGUGCCGAAAACUACUUCCAAUGGAGAAUCAACUUCUAAUAGCAAUUCUGUAUCACCUAAACUUCUUCCAAAUGAUGGGAAAUCGACUCCUAAAAUUCAAAAAGAACUAAGGCGGAAAUCAACUUUUGUUCCUGUAACAUCUAAUUCCAAACUGUUGGAACCAUCAGAAGAUGAUAAUAAUAAUAAUAAUAAUAAUUCAAGAAUUUCUGCUUAUGCCAGAUUAGAUUUUGAAAAUUUUACAUUUUUCGUUCAAACAUUACAAGUAGUGUUAGGAAGGAAAUCUAAUGAUGAAACAUUACAACAAAAUGUCGAUGUUCAUUUAUCUUCUAAAAAAGCCAUUUCUAGACGUCACGCAAAAAUUUUCUAUAAUUUUGGAACUCAAAGGUUUGAAAUCUCAAUAUUGGGUAGAAAUGGGGCCUUUGUUGAUAAUGUUUUUGUUGAAAAAGGUUUAACUAUCCCUUUGACAGAUGGUAAUAAAAUUCAAAUUGGUGAUAUCCCAUUCAAAUUUGUACUACCUUCAAAUGAACCAAAUGAAGAAAAUAACAAUCAAGAUUCUUCAGAAAAACAAUUUAAUCCAUCUGAUGCUAUUAACUUAAGAUCGAAUUUAUAUUCAAAGUCAUCUAGUCCUCAAUCAUCGCCGAAAAGAAAACCCCAACCUUCCAAAAAAGUGAAAAAAGAGCCUGUAAGCGCGUCUAAUACUUCAAAGGAUAUAAAGCCAACUCCUCCAGUACCCACAACAGCAAUAUCACCAACUGCUUCUAUAUCUACAUCAACUAAUGCAGCCACUGCUGCAACAGCAACUACCCCUGCCACAACCACUGCUGCCAGGAAAAACUCAAUUAAUAGAAGAAACUCUCUACUAAAAAUCAGACGAUUAUCAAAUGCUCGGAGAAAAUCAUUAGCAGCAAAUGAUGAAAUCAACGAAUUGCUAAAAGAUUUAGGUGUAACGUCCAUUGAUGAAAUAAAUGAAGAGGACUCUGAAUUAUUAGAUGCACAAAUUCAAAGUUUAUUAGAUGAAGAUAAUGAAAAUUUGGGUGGAAUAGAAGAUAGUUUAAUGAAAUUAGCUGAAUUUAAUGAAUCAGCUAUUGACGAUGAUGAUGAUGAUGAGGAAGGGAACGAAAACAGCCAAGCAGACUUAGAUAGAUUGGAGAAAACCAUGGAGCAUGAUGCUAUUGAUGAUGAAAUUAAAGCAAUUGAUUCAAACUUGACUUUAUUAGAUGAUGAGAUUUCCAAAUUGACCCCUCUUAUAAAUGAUACUAAUCAAGGGUUAUUAGAAGAAAAGGAAACUAAAAAGAAACAAUUGGAAGAAGAAAAACGAAAGAAACAAUUACAACAAUUACAACACAAGAAUUCAUUGGCGAAAUUUCCUCGUCGAUCAGCACCACUUAUGGGCAAACCAGCAUCGAUACAACCACCAGCUUCAUCUUCAAUAUAUAGUCGUAUCAAUGGAUUAGAUAAGAUUGGCAAAACCGUAUCACCACGUCCACCACCACCAAAAUUAAUUGCACCUGUGUUGCGAGUCACCGCAGAACCAUCAGCUAUACGAUCUCGACCACCACUUCGUGCCAUCACAGUUAGUGAUUCAUCAUAUAUUGCCACUUUUUCAUAUCCUAAAACUAUUGAGGAACCGUCAAAAUAUCCUAAACCUAAAGUGAAAAAGGAACAUCAUAAGAAACAUUCUAAAAAAGUUUAUUCUCUUGAUGAAAUACCGGAACCUUAUCGUUCGAAACCAAAUAUUUCUUUCCAAAUUAUGAUUACUAAUGUUUUGAAAACUGAAGCAGCAAGAAAUGGUUUGAUAAUCAAUGAAAUAACUGAAGCCAUUAAAGAAGUAUAUCCAUAUUAUAAAUAUUGUACUGAUGGUUGGCAGUUUUCCAUUAAUCAUUGUAUUAAAUUCACCAAAAUUUAUAAACGACUUCAAAAAAGAGGUUCAGAAUGGUUAUAUGCCAUGGAUGAACUUUAUAUAAAUGAACGUGAAAACAUUAGAAUUAAACAGAGAGAAAUUGCUAAAGCCAAAGCUAAAGCAGAAGCAUUGAGACAAGAAGAAAUUCGACAACGUCAAAGAUUGGAAGCACAAAAGUCUUUACCUCAUAAUAUUGUCGGGAGAAAUUUUGCUCUGCCUUAUGCUAACACCAGAGUUCCACCUAACCAAUACAAUCAAUUUUCACAGUCCUCGUCGUCGUCGUCUUCAUCAGCAACAACAACAACAAAUGGUCAGUAUGGAUCCACAACAAUGGUGGGAGGAACAUCACCUCAAGCAGGUAGUAUUAGAGCUCAAUUGGCUGCUGUAAGAGGCAAUGGAAAUACUCCUGCAACCACAUCAACAACUCCUUCAUUGCCAGCGAUGAAUGAUCCUAAAACUAAAAAAUCAUUAGAAUAUUUACAAAAGGAAUUAUUCACAUUAUACAAGGCAAGGAAAUUAACUUAUGAUACUCAAACAGCAACAUCACUUAUUACAAAAGCUGUGGCCACCACUAUUGCUCAAGUUAAUAGCAUUGGUGCUAAAGCUGGAGCUGGUGAUAAUGCAUUAGUAUUUUUAGUGGAAAGAGCUCCUGAAAAAGUUAGUAAAAUUUUGGAUAUUGCCUUGACGAAAUCAAUUAAGGAACAUGAAGGAAUUGCUUCAAAAUCACCAAGUCAACCAGCAACUCCAGGUAUGAGGCCGGAACAACUCACUACAACUUCACAAUCUGCAGCAACCCCAACAACAACACCACAAAUAAGUAAUUUGCAAUCACUUCCUGUAAAACCGCCAAUAUCAACUCCAUUACCACAAGUUCCACAACAACAAGUUAGUGGGGUGAAUAUUCCGGGCCCAAUUGCAACACCAAAUAUCGGAGUAACUAGUGGGGUUGGUAAUUUAGGUACAACUUCAAUUGGUACACCAACACCAACACAAAUACAAUCACCUGCUACUAGUGUAAUACCAGCUAUGCAACUGCCACAAAAACCUGUAUCAACACCAAUACCAACAUCUGUACCGGUACCAUUACCGGUACCUUCAGCUCCCUUGGCAAGACCUCCACUGUUUGGGAAACCACCAGGCGCCGGUAGUUCGUUAUCUCGUCCUAAAGCAUUUGGAAAACCACCAGGUGCUGGUAGUUCAUUGUCUCGUCCACCUACAUUUUUAUCCAAUAAACCAAGCUAUAAAAGAGAACUUGAAGAUGAUGAAGAAGAAGGUGAACAAGCUACUAAUAAAAUUGCCAAAACAGAAUAA